UGCUUUCUUUUCCGUAGCGAAGGAAGAGGGAGCCGCAGCGAAGAGUCUCAUCGCGCGUUUGGAGUACCACAGCCAAGCAGAGCCUGUUUUCUUGUCCCUCCCUGUUGUCACCUGUUUUCCGGACCGGUGUCCCCAAUCCUUGUUUUUUCACGCUCAGAGAGUAUCAUGGACAUAAAAGACGACCAGCAAGACGAUUCUUCAUUCAGCACAGAGACAAAUGGUAAGCGCCCCGCCGAGGAUGGAGAUCAGCAGAAAUCAUUCAAGCGUUCCAGGAGCUCGGAUGAGAUGAUUGAGCUCCGCAUCCUCCUGCAGAGCAAAAAUGCAGGAGCUGUAAUCGGGAAGGGUGGCAAAAACAUCAAAGCACUGCGUUCAGACUACAAUGCCAGUGUGUCAGUCCCAGACAGCAGUGGGCCCGAGCGCAUCCUGUGCAUCUGCGCUGACAUAGAGACCAUCGGUGAGAUCCUGCUCAAGAUCAUCCCCACCCUGGAGGAGUACCAGCAGUACAAUGGCCUGGAUUUUGAGUGUGAUCUGCGUCUCCUGAUCCACCAGAGCCUGGCUGGCUCCAUCAUUGGAGUGAAGGGAGCCAAGAUCAAGGAGCUCAGAGAGAACACAAAGACCAGUAUCAAGCUGUAUCAGGAUUGUUGUCCUCAGUCGACGGACCGUGUUGUGCUGGUUGGCGGUAAAAUAGAGCGCGUGGUCGAGUGUGUCAAGACCAUGCUGGAGGUCAUUGCUGUCGCUCCCAUUAAGGGCCGCUCACAGCCAUACGAUCCCAAUUUCUACGAUGAAACCUAUGAAUACGGAGGCUUCACGAUGGCAUUCGAGGAGAGGGGCAGCAGCAGCCGCCGGCUAUUGAGCAGCUACCCCAUACGAGGAAGCAGGCCAAGCGCAGGCGACCGUGGCUAUGAUCGAAUUUCCUCCAGUAGGUCGUCGCGGGGACCGCUGCCCCCCUCUCGGAGAGAUUACGACGACAUUAGCCCCCGGCGGGGUCCUCCCCCGCACCACCAGAGUAGGAACCGUGGUCACACUAUGUCCAUGGGUCGCUCACACAGAGGCGGAGAUGAUCGUUACUAUGACUCAUACCGUGGCUCAGAUGAAAGGUCAAAUGACAGAAGAGGCAGACCGGAUCGCUACAGCGAUAGCAUGAGUGGAGGAGGAUAUGACAACAGUUCCUCCUGGGAUAACUACCAGUCAAGUGGACGAGGCUCCUACAAUGACCCGGUCAUCACCACGCAAGUGACCAUCCCUAAAGAUCUGGCGGGCUCCAUCAUUGGCAAGGGCGGCCAGCGGAUCAAGCAGAUCCGGCACGAUUCCGGGGCGUCCAUCAAGAUUGACGAGCCUCUGGAGGGUUCCGAGGACCGCAUCAUCACUAUUGUGGGCACCCAGGAUCAGAUCCAGAACGCCCAGUACCUUCUACAGAACAGUGUGAAGCAGUUCUCUGGUCAAUUGCUGUAGACACCCCCCAGGAUUGAUUCGAGCAGAUUGCCCCCUCCCUUCCCCCUCCCCCAUACACACCCCCCUCAGACAUUAAUCUGGAUUGUGGGUACUUUUUUGGGGGGGUAAUUUUAUUUUUGUAUUUUUAAUGCAAUGUUCAACAUUCCUGUGCAUCAAAAAUGUUCUGCAUUGUUUAAAAAAAAAAAAAAAAAAAGUUUGUUCUAUAGUUUACCUGCUUACUGUUUCCAAAUAUACUAUAAAAUGUCACCUGGCAGAUUAAAAUAACUUUAUUUGUGAUGCUUUUGGUUUUUGUGUGUGUAGUGCUGAUUUACACAUCCAUUACUGCUCUGAAACAUCCAGAAUGUAAGAUGACUUGGUCAUUUUAAUAAUUUUGGGAUGUGUCAGGACGCAUAACAAGACACUGGCUAACUAGUAGAAUAUUCAUAGGUGUUGUCGUGUGAUUUAAAUUCAGUAGUUUCUAUCCAGUCGGAAAGUUGCAACAAUGUUUGUUUGUAAAUUUUACUGGAAAAAUAAAGAAAACCCACAUGCCUGUGUUCUCAACUACAGUUGAUUUGAUGUCCAUGCUGUAAAACGUUUUUGUCCAAUUGUAAAAUGAAUAAAGAUGCCACUUUUUACUCA